AUGGAGGCUGCCCCGCGGCGCAAGCGGAGCCGGUGCCGGUGCGCGCUGGGGCUGGCGCUCCUCUUCGACGCGCUGGGCUUGGCGGGGCUGCUGCUGGGCGGCUUGCUGGAGACGGAGGUCUCCGACCUGCUCAUCUACCUGGGCGGCGUGGCCGUUUUCUUCAGCCUGCCCUGGUGGGUCUUCUGGCACGUGGGCAACCUGGAGGUGCCGGCCGAGGAGCUGCGGGACGACGUGGGGCUGGCGCUGCGGAGCGGCGGCGACGCCUGGAGCAUGGAGAGCUGGCGAGCCCGGCGCUUGGCUCGCCUCGCCCGCGUCUUCAGCACCCACUUCUCGCUCCCCUCCGCCUCCGCCUCCGCCUCCGUCCCGUCCCAGGUCGGCCGCCCCCGCGCCCACUUCGCCGCUCCCACCGGCGGCAUCGGCCGCCCCAGCGAGACGGAGAAGCUGCAGGAGCCGUCCCAGGAGAGCCAGGAGGGGGUUUCCCCCCUUGAGAGUUCAAGCCAGCCCUCUUCCCUCUUCUCCUCCGCCGCCGCCGCCGCCGCCGGCACAACAGCCCCGCAGGAAUUGCCCGAAACCCCUGAAACCCAAGAUCGUGGAACACAAACCAGUUUCUUCAAAAUCAUCGGACGCCACAAAAAGACCUAGACGCCAUGACUCUCUCUGAAACAGUUUAUAACACCCUGGAAAAACUGUUUAUGCCUCCCAGAGACAAUCAAACAGCAUCACAAAAGGACUGUGCUCAGUUACUGAACUUGAAGUUAAUUUAUGGGCCUGGACAAGGUUGAUGUCUCUUAUAUAACAGGUGGA